GGAUUUGCCGCCAGGAGGGAUAGAAUAGCGAAGCGUUCCCUUGCUUCACCAACAGGGGAUGCAACCAAUCAGCGACAUGGCUUGUCACAAAUGUAUAGCGUAGUCAAGAUCCUGCAAGUCAUCUCCAUUCAAGAACCAGGGGGUGUACCUGCAUCAAGACUUAUCCCUCCAGCCACCAUAGUCGUGCUGGAUAGAUCAUUAAGCGGGUAUGCCAAAUCAGUCCUCUCCUUUAGGAAAUCUGGGACCAUUUCACCUCCUAGAGGCCCUUUGGCAGGUCCAUAUCGAAAUUUCGAGGAAGCAGAGCAGCCACCGCGUUUGCAAACGCUAGCGUGGGCGUCUAUAAUUGUGCAAGCGUCCAAUACCAUUGGUGGAAGUUCUCGAG